AUGGGCGACAUCGUGGGACGCUUGACCACACACACCACUCCCUUUGUGAUUUACGACGCUGUGUUGGCUGUGGGAUACAUCACCACACAAGUUUACAUACCGUUCUUUCGUCCUGAGGCGAUGGAUAACGACUGGAUCAUGACCCUCAGGGACUUAUUUUACCACUCGACCCAUGGUCGCCAUGCCCGAAUCGCGGUAUCUAACAUCAACAACGCGCUGCGACAGCCACCAAGCAGCAUCAUAUUACCAACCUACGAUGUUCUGCUAUACGGGAAGCGAUAUUACAUUAAUGCUAUCUGGACUAUCGGCAACUCGAGCACCUCUUUCGCGCCGCCGUCGCUUCCGCCGUCUUUGACUCCAUGGGGCCUCACCGAAUGCCCCGCGAGGGCAGCUUCCGGGAAGAGACGCAGCGACUUUCCUACUCUAAACUGGCUUAAUGGCCAGGCCACUCGGUGGUUCGGUGACGAGACAAGCAUGUGGAUGGACCGGGGGAUGGCCGGGCGCACACGGCACGCGGGGCAACGACGGGGGUGGUGGACGGGCCCAUGGAUGGAGGUGGCGAUGGAUGUGAUUUGUCUCCCUCGGAUGGCGUUGUGGGCCAUCAUGCAAUUGAACUUCUAUCGACGCGGCCGCAGGCUGGAAAGGGAAGAGGCCCAGCCCCGCCUUCAACAAGAGCGGAUCGAGCCUGUGGCUUGA